GUAGGUCUAUAUAUGUCACAGCUACCAUCACCAGGUUUACUUCUGCAGAAAGAGAGCGAACCAAACACCUGGACUCUAAGUUAGCGGUUCACAAAGGAUUCAUAGUUCUUCUGGUGCUGCUGUUGUCAGUCAGGGAUCAUGGAGGAACUGGCCCGGGAGAGCAUCAGCCUGCUGGCCCGCUCGGCGUCCCACUCGGACCCACCUCGGCUCGGCUCGUUUGGUGCUGUGUUCAUCAUGCUGAAGUCGGCGCUGGGAGCUGGACUGCUCAACUUCCCCUGGGCCUUCGAGAAGGCGGGAGGAGUGACCACCGCCAUCAGUGUGGAGCUGGUAUCUCUGGUAUUCCUCAUCAGCGGUCUGGUCAUCCUCGGCUACGCGUCGUCUGUCAGCAGGCAGAAGACGUAUCAGGAUGUGGUGAGGGAGGUGUGUGGACAAGCCGUGGGACAACUCUGCGAGGUCUGUUUCUGCUUCAACCUCUUCAUGAUCAGCGUCGCCUUCCUGGUGGUGGUGCAGGACCAGCUGGAGAAACUGUGUGUUUCUUUAUACGAGACGGUGACCGGGUCCAGUGAGGGGGAGAUGCCCUAUCACUGGUACACUGACCAGCGAUUUGCCCUCUUCAUCAUGUGCCUCGUCAUCAUCCUGCCGCUGUCCAUCCCCAAAGAGAUCGGCAUCCAGAAAUACACCAGUGUGCUGGGGACGCUGGCUGCUACGUAUCUGUGUGUGGCCGUGAUCGUCAGAUAUCACCUGAUGGAAAGCCACACUGCCAUAAUAACUCCAGAGCACAGCCAAGGUGUGAGUUCGUGGGCAUCAAUGUUCAGUGUCGUACCAACCAUUUGCUUUGGCUUCCAGUGCCAUGAAGCCUGCAUAGCAAUCUACAGCAGCAUGGAGAACCAGAAGCUCUCCCACUGGGUGCUCAUCUCUGUGCUCUCUAUGUUCUUCUGUUUACUCAUCUACACUCUAACCGGUGUUUAUGGCUUCAUGACGUUUGGACGAGCCGUCGCCUCAGAUAUUCUGAUGUCAUAUCCAGGAAAUGAUGUGGUCAUGAUAAUUUCCAGACUACUUUUUGGAUUUUCAAUUAUCACCAUCUAUCCUAUCAUUCUGCUUCUGGGGCGGUCCGUUGUCCUGAACCUGAUGUUACGAGUUCAAAGACGUCGCAGAGGAAUCGUCACUCAUUUGUUUGAGAGUCGCUGCAGAGUCGUUCUGACUGUGAUCUGGAUCAGUUUUACUCUCCUUAUUGCUAUGUUUGUCCCCGACAUGGGGCAGGUCAUCAGUGUCAUCGGAGGAAUCAGCGCCUUUUUCAUCUUUAUCUUUCCGGGUCUUUGCUUACUGUUCAUAAUGCAAACUGAGAACGUCUCUCCAAGAGUCAGGGCCGUUUUACCCGUCUGGGGAGUCAUAACAAUCGUAGUUGGAGCCUUCAUCUUCGGACAGAGCACGACCAUCGCUGUGAUGGAGAUUUUCCAGAACAUCUAAACUUUUUGCCACCAUUAUCACCACUACCUGCAGCAGCUGCUUCACUGUGACACUCAUCUCUUUUGUACAACUGAGUGUUGCAAAUUUGUACAGGUGGUUUUUAGUUGUACAUGUAUUUGGUCAUCUACGGCCAGAUAGUAAAUAUAUUUACGAUGUCAGAAUGUAUUAUUGUUGUGUGUGCAUUCUCCUUGUUUAGUGUGUAUAGAAGGAACAUAUUUAAUUUAGAAUAUGUUGUACAGGCUUCUUUUAUUAUGUGCUACAUCAAUAAUAUACCUACAGUAUGUGUGUGUGUGAGCCUUCAUUUGUGCCUCGACACUACCAGGGGGCAGUGUUGCACCAUGCAGGAAUUUUUUAUUUAGGUAUAGUUUCCAUUGACUUGUAUGUGUGAAGCUGCACAUUGACAACACAGAUAAGAGAAAAAUGGUUCUUAUCAUUUUUGUUCUGGUCCCAGUGACAAUCUUGACACGAUCACGGCACAUUUAAAUGAACCGAGCAGGGAAAUAUGCUUUUUUAAUACAAACAGAUAGAGUCAUUGUCCUUGAAAUGCUUGUUUACAUCCACCAAGUGAUAAAAAUGAGUGGAAUUAUUUUUUUUCAUUGAAGAAUGUGAUUCUAAUCUUUUCUCUGCACUUCUCAGUUCUCUCUUCGACUGACCUCGCCGCGGCCUGAAUCAUAGCAGUGAUAUAAAUCUGCAGCUUUCAUUGAGCACAGAGCGAUGCCUGAGGUGUGCUGAAUAGAACUGUUUAUUGUUUAUUGACUUGUAGCUUAAAGGAGUUAUGGUGGAGCGCCUGCGAGCGUGCAUGUGUGUUAGUGUAUGAGUGAGUAAUGAUUUACAGUAAAUCCAGAAACUGUGUGUUGUA